GCAAUGCAUAGUCAGGACUCCGGGCCCUGCCUGUGCCUGCCCCCUUGUGUUUUUGUGCAGAAUAAGUCAAAGCAGCUCCUGUUUGCAGCUCUCCGGAAUCAGUCAAAAUGCCGGUAGAUUUAAGUCAGUGGACAGGGAAUCUUGCGCUAACAGAGGUGGAUGAGAAGCCUGCACAGACCCUCCAUGUCAAGUAUGGCUCUCUUGAAAUCGACGAGUUGGGCAAAGUGCUCACGCCAACACAGGUGCAGAGCCGUCCCACCUCUAUAGGGUGGGAGGGGUGUGACUCUACAAAGCUGUACACCCUGGCCAUGACCGACCCCGACGCACCCAGCAGGAAAGACCCCAAAUUUGGGGAGUGGCAUCACUUUCUGGUGGUGAACAUGAAGGGAAACGAUGUAUCCAGUGGAUGUGUCAUGUCCGACUACGUUGGGUCUGGCCCUCCAAAAGGCACUGGUCUCCACAGGUAUGUGUGGCUGGUCUAUGAGCAGUCAGGAAACCUCUCCUGUACGGAGCCCGUCCUCACCAACUGCUGUGGAGACAACCGCGGCAAAUUCAAGAUCCAAGAAUUCCGCCAGAAAUACGGACUGGGAGUUCCCGUGGCUGGAACGUGCUAUCAGGCAGAAUGGGAUAAUUAUGUCCCUAAACUCUAUGAGCAACUGGCUGGAAAAUAAACAAAGGUGUAUUCAGAAAUUAACAUUAUGUAGAUAACUGCAGGAACCACAAUGCCUUUUUUUUUUUUUGCCACACUGAUUUAUUUUACAAUUGUUCAUGCUGACUCAUUAAAGUAAUCUCUCUAUCCCCCUGAUCAAACAAAACAGCUUAUCUUGUUUGGUUUACAAUCUUUAGUCGCUGACUGUUCUCCAACACUGUUUGAAUGAGUUACUCUAUGGUUGCAUCAGUUAUUUUUGUAGACACUGGCGAUAAUGAAAAUGUGGUGGAGUGCUCCUUUAACACAACCUGGCCCUGCAUAAACCAUUCAGUGGUGGACCUUGAAUGUGGCCUAGAUCUCACCAUAUUAAUAGGAAGCAUCAGCAAACUCAAAUCCAUGACUACCUGUAUACAGCAAAUCAUGGAUUUCAGUUAAAAAUCCAAUGACAGAUUAGACAGUUGUGUGAUGAGCACUUUAUUUACAAAUAUAAUUAAAAGUUCUGACAGAUUCA